AUGACUUUUCUUAAUACUGGCGAUUUUGACAUGACCGGAUGUACUUCAGAACAGAUGCUGGCAGUGGCCAAUGAAUGCCAGAUUCUAUCACUCCAGGAGCGGAGUCGAGAAGGUUUUCCGACUUCGCUACCCAAACCAGUGUCCCGUUACCCAACUGCUGCCGCUGCUCCCGCUUUACCAUGUCCCGUUCCCAUCUUUUCGCCAGUCCCUAACCCAUUCCUUCUGAUGGACUUACAUUCUCAACUGCAUGCUGCCAACCUAUUGCAGAUGAUGAUGACGCAGUUGCAUACCGUCAACCCACCUCAAGAAGUAGUGGACGAGAAGUCUUUCAAGAAACGUAAAGCCCAUAGCGAUCUCAGGGAAAUGAAAAAGGUCCACUCACUUGAUAGCGAAGAGCCCUACGAUAAUCUUGGUGACGUCAUCAUUCCCAGCACGGAUAAAGAAGGAUGGUGUCGUAACAAGAAGUAUAUCGAGAAAACUGAUGGCGGUUUCAUGUGCAUGGUGUGCAAAAAGGUCUACGGUCGAUACAAUUCGGUCUCUUAUCACGUGACGAUUUAUCAUCGAAACCCUCCGAUCAAGUGUGAUCUUCCUGGUUGUCAAUUCACGACAAGAGAAGCGCGCUACAUCCAUUUUCACAAGUACUAUCGUCACGGAAUUGCACUACCGGACAGUAUCGACCAAGGAUCACGAAGAUGUCCGCAUUGUCGACAUGUUUCGAAAAGCCCCGCGAUGUUGGAGAAACACAUAAGAAGACAUCAAAUUGUGGAACCGAGGGACGAAAGCGCUGAGAUCGAUUCCACAUCAAUGGAAGUGGUCGUUGUCGAUGAUGAAAUAACCGAGGAAGAGCGUAGUCGAGGUCAGUCACUGUCGAUGGAAGUGUGCGAAACACCAGUUGAAGAGGCGAUGACAAAACCCCGAGCGUUCACCUUAUAG